GGGUCCUGCCUGGGGGCGGCGCUGGCCCUGCUGCUGCUGCUGCUGCCCGCCUGCUGCCCGGUGCGGGCGCAGAACGACACCGAGCCCAUCGUGCUGGAGGGCAAGUGCCUGGUGGUGUGCGACUCCAGCCCGUCGGCGGACGGCGCCGUCACCUCCUCGCUGGGCAUCUCCGUGCGCUCCGGCAGUGCCAAGGUGGCCUUCUCCGCCACGCGGAGCACCAACCACGAGCCGUCCGAGAUGAGCAAUCGCACCAUGACCAUCUACUUCGACCAGGUGUUAGUAAAUAUCGGCAACCAUUUUGAUCUUGCCUCCAGUAUAUUUGUAGCACCGAGAAAAGGAAUUUAUAGCUUCAGCUUCCACGUGGUCAAAGUGUAUAACAGACAAACCAUCCAGGUCAGUUUAAUGCAGAAUGGCUACCCAGUGAUCUCAGCCUUUGCAGGAGACCAGGAUGUUACCAGAGAAGCUGCUAGUAAUGGCGUCCUGCUGCUCAUGGAAAGGGAAGACAAAGUGCAUCUCAAACUGGAGAGGGGCAACCUCAUGGGGGGCUGGAAAUACUCCACAUUCUCGGGCUUCUUGGUUUUCCCUCUAUAAAUGCAAAGGCCCCUGGAUGGUGGGAAAAUUGGAAUCUGGACCCAGGAAUCCACCCUUCGAAACACCCUGAACUUGCCCUAAUAGGACAACUUGUUUCCAACCUCUGUCAGACUGUUGCAGUAGAAGAAUGAUUUCCUUCUAAAUCUCCAGUAUUUUUUUUGAAUAUUGACAAUUCCUCGGGAACCUGGCCUCUAAUUAGUUUUAGACGACAAGGUCUUAAGGAGAAAUGAAAUUAUCGAUUUGAGCAAUUUGUACCUGUGAUUGUAAAGUCAAUAUCGGAUUUUAUUGUUGGGACCAUUGACUUACCUUUUUUUGUUUGUACGUUGUAUUAUUGUCCCAAUGCAAGGAGUGCCGCUGACCCCAGGACGGAUUGCCGGUUGCUGUCAGGGCUCAAAGCAAGAGCCCAGCAAAGAACCACCUGCUGGAUGGUCCUUGACAUGUGUUCUGUCUGUGUCUGUACAGCCUUAAGAAAAAGAAUGGCUUCACUUUCAUUCUGUAUUUUCCCCCUACCGGGUGGAUGGGAGGACUUGGGAGGGGGAUGGGGACAUUGUGAACCUGUCAAGAAGUGCUUUAUCUAGAGAAGCAGAUUUUGCACGAUUGGACUGCAACUUUUGUUUUGUAUUGUUUGUGUUUUUUGCCUCGGAAAGCUUUACUUUUCUUUCUACACUCAGCUUUCCCUCUUCAACCCCACUUUUAUUUUUCUUGCUGGGUUUGGGGAGAGAAAAAUAUAUGUUGAAUUCAUGAAUAAGACCAAACAAAACAAAACAAAAAAAUACUUGUAUAUUUUGUUUUGGAUGAGACCAAACCAAACAAAAAGUACCUGUUUAUCAAAGUAAAGAUAACAGCGGAGAAUUCUGCUUAUUCUUUCAAAGAGAUUCUGAGAUACACCUUUAGAACUAGCAACCUGGAAUUUUUUUUUUUUUUUAAUUUACCCCAGAAUCCUUUAAGAACUUGUUGUCGUUACUGGGUGGUCCUGGAUCUUUUAAGUUGGGAAUGGAAGCUGUAAUGACCAAACCCCUAAACACACUGUUUCUUUGCCCAGCGUGCCCUGACUUUUAAUUUAUUUGGAUCCAUCUCUGAGUGAGCACACAGUGAUCAGGUGCUUCGAAGAAAACAGGACCAGCUCCUCUUCCUCAGGAUCCUUUUUCGAUCUGCCAAGGAAAGGGAUGUGUUGACGCUCUCCUGCUUGCGCCUGGCGGGAAGCCACCUGGAAGUCACAGUGGUUAAAGGUAUUGGCGAAUGCAUCCGAGGAGCAGUUUAACAAAUCCUUCUCUUUUUGGCACCCUGUACAACAAUAUCAUUAAGACACAGCUGAAAGUUGAUGAGUGCCAAGGAAAUGUCACUAAUCCCAAAGCAAUCAAAUAUGUGACCUCAAACCGGAUGUUAACUUGUUCUUUGUGUAACAAUGUAACCAAAAUAUUGAUGAUAAAAAGUCAUACUUUAAGAUUCAGAAUAAAUGGAUUCGAUGUCUGGC